AUGCAAUUUAUUGAAGCGAUGAAAAAGAGGGUAUUCACUGUCCUGGGAGCACCGGACUUAUCCGAAGAAAUAUGUGAGUAUUGGUUUGGAUUAGGAGAAGAUCAUCCUCCAACCACUACCAUGGAUACGACUUUAGCGGGCAUGCUAUUAAGGCCGGGGCCCGUCCAAGCACUUACAACAGCUCGGUUUAAGGAAGCCGAGGAGGAUGGUGCAGCUGCACAGGUGCCAAGAAUAUAUAUAAAAACGACUAUGGACAACGUUGUUAAACCCGAGCAACAAGAGGCUAUGAUCAAGAGAUGGGAACCGUCGGAUGUUUAUGUUCUCGAAACUGAUCACAGCCCUUUCUUUUCUGCUCCUUUUUUGCUCUUUGGUUUGCUGGUUAAGGCCGCUAUUUCUGUUGGAUGUUGA